CUGAAUCGUUUCCUGUGUUGUGUUGUCCACACUGUUAGAGUUGUAGUUGGGUCUCUUUUUUGACUUCUGUUAGGCACCAGGACUGGCUGCUGCACUGACUGCUGUUGUAGACAUGGAUUUCAAAAUACGCGUUGCAACGAAAGAAGACAGCAAAGAGAUAUCGAGAAUGAUAAUGGAGCUGGCUGUUUUUGAAAAAAUGCCCGACCAAGUGAAGAUAUCACAUGAGGAACUGGAGCGUGAUGGUUUCUGCCAGAAUCCUUUCUUCGAAUGCCUCGUUGCAGAAGUACCUGAGGAGCAUAAAUCAAAAGAAGGAUUCACGGUUGUUGGAUACGCCCUUUACUUUUACACUUACAGUACAUGGAAAGGACGCUCAGUAUAUUUGGAGGAUCUGUAUGUGAUGCCAGAAUUCAGAGGAAAUGGCAUUGGCAAGGGUUUACUGAGCAAAGUUGCAGAGGUGGGGAAAAAGAAGCAGUGUGUGCGGUUGCAGCUGUCCGUGUUGAACUGGAAUACUCCCUCUCGAGAUUUCUAUGCUGCUAAAGGAGCUCAAGACCUCACCGUUACUGAAGGCUGGCACUUUAUACGUUUUGAUGGACAAAACCUGGACAAUUUAGCAAAUGAAGCACCUAAAGAUUAGUAGAUUUCCAAGGAAAAUAUGCACAUGUGUUUCUGGUUGUUUUCUUUUUGUCUUCUGCAAUAAACAGUCACCCUUUGUACAGCAGUGCCAAAAAAAGCU